GUCCAGCCACUAUUUAAUUUGUUUUUCUCACCUUAGAGUUAGACUUAUAUUCAUUUUUUUAUGUUUUGACAUUUUGCAAAGUUAUUCUAUAAAGACUUUGUUCUUGUGUUAAAGCCUUAAAGGCACUCUCCAAUAACCCCUUUUCAUGCAAAAUGCAAAAAGUCUAGUCUUUACAAAGGAAGUAGCAGAAUAACAGUAACUGUGAAAAAAACUUGAGGGUGUGAGUCUUCAAAGUGAAGGCUCAUUUGGUCAAAAUACUUUUCUUUUCUUUUGGACAUUUUUGUUCAUGUGAUAGACAUUGUGCAUUAGUAGUACAUGAUCACUUUGAGGGUAGUUCCAGGAAGGAAACUUUUCUUUUCUGAAAUGCAAAUGGACAUGUUAUGUGAAUUGUGAAGUAUUGGUAACUAAUUUGGACUAUAGAGGCUUUUUUGUGCCAUUCAUUUGUGAAGUUUCUAGGUAUGGGACUUGAAAAGGAUGAAGAAAAUAAAAUGUUGGGUCUUAGAUUUACUCCAAGGCACAAGCGUUCAAACAGUCUUCCUGAUAAGAAAGGAGUUGAGGAGAAUAAUCCAGAUGAUGAAGUUGAGGCCUCAGACAGAUUGAAUAUGGAUAUGGGCUACGUCACUGAAUGUGCUAAAGCAAGGAAUAAACAAACACCUUCAAGUGAAGUCCAUAGUGCUAUGAAGCAAGAGAUUCUACAACUAGAGAGAAGAUUACAAGACCAGUUUGAGGUUAGAUGCACAUUAGAAAAGGCACUUGGAUACAAAUCUUCAUCACUUGUCCAUUCAAAUGGAAAGAUGAUUCCCAAGUCAGCCACAGAAUUAAUUAAGGAAAUUGCAGUGUUAGAGUUAGAAGUUGUGUAUUUAGAACAACAUCUUCUAUCUUUGUACCGAAAAGCUUUCGAUCAACAAUUAUCAUCAGCAUCUCCAUCUACCAAGGAAGAAACUGUAAAACAUCCUGCAACAACACCUCAAGUACCAUUUGUCAAGCCUUCUAUGCCUGAAGCCUUAACCAGAAACCAAUGUUCUACACUACAAUAUAAUGAUCAUGAGCUUGAGACUCUACCAAAGGAACAUUGUAGAUAUGAAGUUCAGACUUCGGCGAAAGAAAAGCACUUAGAUGCUGGUGUUUAUCGAUGUCAUUCCUCGUUAUCUCAGUGUGCAGCAUUUACAAGAACAUCUCCUCCAGAUGAAUCUUUAACCAAAUCUCUACGUGCCUGUCAUUCGCAACCGUUGUCCAUGAUGGAGUAUGUUCAAAGCUCUUCAUCAAAUAUAAUCAGUCUUGCUGAACAUCUCGGUACCCGAAUAUCCGAUCAUGUCCCAGUAGCACCUAAUAAACUUUCUGAAGACAUGGUAAAAUGCAUAUCAGCUAUAUACUGCAAACUUGCAGACCCUCCUAUGAUACAUCCUGGCCUUUCAUCUCCGAGUUCAUCGUUAUCGUCAAUGAGUGCCUUUUCUGUUGGAGAUCAAGGUGAUAUGUGGAGUCCAAUGUUCAAGAAUAAUUCCUCUUUUGAUGUAAGGUUAGACAAUCCAUUCCAUGUUGAAUGUCUCAAGGAGUUUAGUGGGCCAUACAGCACCAUGGUUGAAGUAUCAUGGAUUUAUAAAGAGAAUCAGAAAUCAGGUGAUACAAAAAAGUUGCUCCAAAAUUACAGAUCACUUAUUUCUCAAUUAGAAGAAGUAGAUCCUGGGAAGUUGGAACAUGAGGAGAAGCUAGCUUUCUGGAUCAACAUACACAAUGCUUUGGUGAUGCAUGCAUUUUUGGCUUAUGGCAUUCCACAAAACACUAUGAAAAGAGUCUUUCUUCUUUUGAAGGCUGCAUAUAAUGUUGGUGGUUACACAAUUAGUGCAGACACAAUGCAAAAUACUAUACUUAAGUGUCGAAUGUCUCGCCCCGGACAGUGGCUACGUUUGUUGUUUUCUUCGAAGACAAAAUUCAGAACAGGUGAUGGACGACAAGCAUAUGCAUUAGAACAUCCUGAGCCUCUUUCUCACUUUGCUCUCUGUUCAGGAAACCAUUCGGAUCCUGCGGUACGUGUAUAUACACCAAAGAGAGUGUUUGAAGAUUUAGAAGUGGCAAAAGACGAGUACAUUCGAGCUACAUUAGGUGUACGCAAGGACCAAAAAGUACUUCUACCAAAGCUUGUUGAAUCAUUCAGCAAGGACUCUGAUUUGUGUCCUAGUGGUGUUAUGGAGAUGAUCCUAGAGUCUCUACCUGAAUCACUAAGGAAAAGAGUUAAGAAAUGUCAAGUUGCAAAAUCAAAGAAGUGCAUAGAAUGGAUUCCACAUAACUUUAAUUUUAGAUAUCUGAUAUCUAAGGAUGUGUUAAAAUGAUAGUAGUUGGUAGUGUUGCUUGUUAAUGGGGAAACGAUUUUACAUUGUUUGCUCUAUGUUAUUCUUUUUGUACAAAGUAAAUUCUAGUUGUAACAUUUGAGUAAAUAAUUUGUUGCUAUAUCAAAUUACAAUGCGACUUUGUAUGUUGUGAUUGUCUAACUUGUUGGUCUUGGAUGUUUAUGUAAAGCAUAAAUACAAAACAAAUGUUAUAUGACAAUCAGAAAAACCAAAAUGUAAAGCCUCAGGAUUUGAGAUCAUCAGAAUUUAAUUCAAUAAUAUUUUAAGUAAAUAUUGGAAAUAAAUCAA